AGGCAAAAAAAAAUGUUAUUUAUUAGUCAAUACCACGUUGGAGGCAUCCAUUCUUGAGGUUGACAUGGUUGUUUGGAUUCCUUCGCUGUUCUAUUGUCUAAAUUAACUGAUAUCUUGGUAGAAUUUCCUACAAAAUAUUAGAAAUGGCAUCUAUCCAUUCUCUUCUGUUUAUCCAGAGUGGGGUUGCAGUGGUGGCAGGCUAAAGCAGGAAAUACCAGACAUUUAUCACACCAGCAAUGUUUUUCAGUUCAAUUCUUCCUGAUGUGUUCCUAGGCCAGAUGAGAUAUGUAAUCCCUACAGAGAGUUCCAGAGCUUUCAUAUUUGCCCUGGAAACCGACAAAACAAGGUGUCCAAACUGGCACUUUGGGACACGAAGGUGCUAAGUCUAUCCACCCUAUGGGAAAAAAAAUCCUUUUGACCGCUGAUAUCUAGUUUUUUUUGGUCACUACCAAAUAAAGUUCAUAGCCAUAGAUGAGGGUUCUACAUAGAUCAACUGGUAAAUCACUAACUUCAUCUUCCCUCUACACCACAACAGUCUGGUACAACAUCCAGAUUACUACCGACCCUGCACCAAGCCAUCUGUCCAUCCCAUGCUUCAUUUUCCCUGUUGUCACUCAAACAUAAGAUUUUUGAGAUACUUAAACUCUUGUUCUUGGGGCAACUACUCACACGAAUCAAAGACCAAACAAAUCCACGGGUUUCUGGCAGAAAACCUCAGACUUGGGGUUUUGGACUCUCAUUCAGUUGCCUGAAUACAUCCCAAAGCCAACAGAGCCAUGACUUCAGAAAAAAGUGGGACACUGAAAUUCCCAAACCAGACACCGUCCUCCUCACCCCUCCUACAACUUGGGAACCUAUCUAUGAUGGUCCAAAACAGCAUCAAAGACAAAGGCAAACUCUGAACGACUCCAACACUGCUCUCAUUUUGGUUGUCCAAGAACUAGAUAACUCCCAAUACCCCAGUACUCCAGCAGGCUGUCUCCAAAUCCAUAAAAUGUAUUUAGACUUAGUGGUCAACCCUCAUUAACCAUUCAGCAACUCCACAAGGGUUGCAUGCCCAGGACAGACUCUGGACUGCUCCUUAAUCUAAGGUUCGACAGUUGAUUAACCCGUUGCGCUUCAGUGUCCCGCCUGCGGUACACUUUGAGAUCUGCAUAAGCAAUUUGCUAAAUGUCUGAAACUGCAAACGCGAUUAUACAAACACUAUACGCCGAUGGAAAGCUUAGAUUCUCAUGAAUCCGCCGGUAUAAACCACUUUCAGAUGUGAUUACCACAGCGGGUAAUAUAAACACAUUUGUCCGACAAACAACGAAUAUCCAUCCAUCCGUUCUCUAUACACGGCUUCAACGUACACAGCGCGACUCACAUUUCCGGGUUCAUUGUUACACACAGAUGAAAAUAUUCCGCAAAAAACGGCCAUAAUCCAACCUUGGACAUCCAGACGAAACAAGCCAGUAAAAUAUUUUGUCCAAAACAUGUCUUGAAGUCAGUAUAUAAUCCACGAAUCGGUCGUUUUCGAGGAAAUGCACCUCGCGAUGCGCGUCCAAUAUUCCCUGUAUUUCUCGUCAUAUUUUUAUUUACAAAUAGAAUAUUAGCGAUUUUUUGUACUGAAAACGGCUGGAAUUGACUGAUGCUUAAAGGGCUAAAGCACCUCUUCCAGCACUCAGGAAUAAACAUUCCCGGUGAGUUUGUACAGUCUGAUACUUUAAUAACCACCAUCCCUUUCUGCCUCUCCACAGGCACCAUCCAAGAGACAAGUCAACCAAAACACCCUUACAGAGCCUUCAAAUCUGAGAAAGUUCCUUGACCAACUCAGCAACUGUUGGGGACGAUAAAGUUUCUGCGACCGGAAGUCCCGGACUUUUAGUGGACGUUGUCGUGGACCGGUACGAGAUUCCGAAAGUUUGUCCCCGAGAGGUUCAGACUGAGGACUUUAUCCGGUACCACUUUAACGGGACCUUCCACGAAGACGGUAAAAAGUUUGACUCCAGUCAUGACCGAGGUAAAGCCUUCAUCAGCCAGGUGGGUUUGGGUCGACUCAUCACUGGGAUGGAUCGAGGUCUUCAGGGGAUGUGUGUCAACGAGCGCCGGAGGAUCAUCGUCCCUCCACACCUGGCUUACGGGAGCAUCGGAACAGGUGGAGUGAUUCCUCCUGACGCUGUGUUGGUCUACGACGUCCUCCUGCUGGACAUCUGGAACGCUGACGACAAAGUCCAGAUCCGAACGCUCAGCAGACCCGCAGCCUGCAACCGAACCACGGCGGCGUCAGAUUUUAUCCGGUAUCACUACAACGGCACGCUGCUGUCCGGUGAAGCUUUUGAUUCCAGCCACUCGAGGAAUUUGACCUACGACACCUACCUGGGGAAGGGACACCUCAUCAAAGGCUUGGACGAGGGCCUUCUGGGGAUGUGUGUUAGAGAGACACGGGUCGUCAUUGUCCCGCCUUUCCUGGCUUAUGGAGAGAGCGGCUCAGGGACUAUGGUUCCUCCUCAGGCCACUCUAGUGUUCGAGGUGCUAUUGGUGGAUGUUUUUAACCCCAAAGACAACUUGACUGUGGAGGUGAAGGAGGUUCCUGAAGGCUGCAGCCGCCGGACGGUGAUUGGAGAUUACAUCCGCUACCACUACAACGGCACCUUCCAGGACGGAACGGCCUUUGACUCCAGUUACCAGAGAAACAGCACCUACAACACCUAUGUUGGGAUGGGAUACGUGAUCCGAGGGAUGGACAAAGCUCUGCAGGGUUUGUGCAUGGGAGAGAAGAGGAGGAUCACCGUCCCUCCUCACAUGGCUUAUGGUGAAGACGGAGUCGGAGACAUCAUUCCAGGCUCAGCGGUGCUCGUCUUCGACAUCCACGUCAUCGAUUUCCACAACCCCAAAGAUCCCGUCGACGUCAAAGUUACCCACAAGCCCCAGGAAUGCAGUGCGACCACCGAAGCGGACGAUCUGAUCCAAUACCGUUAUAACUGCUCGCUGAUGGACGGCACCCUACUGUACUCCUCGGAUCAGUUCAAGUCACCUUCAGUCACCACUCUGGGAGCGAAUCAGGUGAUUCUGGGUCUGGAGGAAGGUUUGAAAGGGAUGUGUGUCGGAGAAAGAAGGGAAGUGAUCGUCCCUCCACACUGGGGUCAUGGAGACAGUGGAGCUGGAGCAGUUCCAAGGAGUGCAGUGCUCUUCUUCGAACUGGAGUUGGUGGAGCUGCAGAAAGGUGUACCUGAAGGCUACAUGUUUGUUUGGAUCGGAGACGGACCUGAUCCUCUUUUUCCAGCUAUGGACCUCAAUGGAGACAAAGAGGUUCCUCUAGAGGAGUUUUCAACCUUCAUCAGGCUCCAAGUUAAAGAAGGAAAAGGUCGACUUCGGCCGGGAGUCGACGCCGACGGCAUUAUUAAGGACAUGUUUAAUAACCAGGACCGGAAUAAAGACGGAAAAAUCACAGAGGCUGAACUCAACGACGAACAAGUGAAGCGGGAUGAGCUGUGAAGGACACAUGUAGGUAUUUGAGCGUUGUGCAGCUGUUCUGAAAAGGUUUCAGAAGUUGUUGAGGUUUUAUUUAAGGCAGCAAGUUUACUGUUAUUUCACACCAGCAGGCAUUUUGGCUUGUUACAGUUGAGAAUAAAACAUUUUGCUGCUAAGAACAUUAACAAUGGCUGCUUUCUGUUUGAAUGUCCAUUCAAGUGAGCCAGCAUUAACAAUAACCAAAGCAGCUGCAUGGAUUGAAGGUGUCUUUACGUGUUUUUCCUGCUGUGACAUGUCAAAGUGUAAACAGUGAAAAAGCAGUGGUGAAAAUGUUCAUCUUCAGUGUCGAGAAGUUUUUUUUUUUUAUAUGUGAAAGAGAAAAAAAAUGGCUUGAUCUGCUGAAAAAAGGUAUGUUCACAUCAAAUUUUGCUACAAAGCAUUUGGGCUGGGACCAAAAUCCAGAUUAUUACCUACACACGUGGACAAAAUUGUUGGUACCCCUCAGUUAAAGAAGGAAAAACCCACAAUUCUCACUGAAAUCACUUGAAACUCACAAAAGUAACAAUAAAUAAAAAUGUAUUGAAAAUUAAAUAAUCAAAAACAGCCAUUACUUUUGAAUUGUUGAUUAACAUAAUUAUUUUAAAAAACAAACUAAUGAAACAGGCCUGGACAAAAAUGAUGGUACCUCUAUAAAAGAUUGAAAACUAUUUGACCAGAGUGACAUGAUUAACUCAGGUGUGUCAUUUAAUUGACAUCACAGGUGUUUCCAAAUUCAUAAUCAGUCAGUCUGCCUAUUUAAAGGGAGACAAGUAGUCACCCUGCUGUUUGGUGAAAAGGUGUGUACCACACUGAACAUGGACAACAGAAAGCGAAGGAGAGAAUUGUCCCAGGACAUCCGAAAAAAAAUGAUAGACAAACAUCUUAAAGGUAAAGGCUAUAAGACCAUCUCUAAACAGCUUGAAGUUCCUGUGACAACAGUGGCUCAUAUUAUUCAGAAGUUCAAGACCCACGGGACAGUAGCCAACCUCCCUGGACGUGACCGCAAGAGGAAAAUUGAUGACAAAUUGAAGAGACGGAUCGUUGGAAUUGUAUCCAAAGAGCCCAGAGCAACCUCCAAAGAAAUUAAAGGUGAACUCCAAGGCCAAGGUACAUCAGUGUCAGAUCGCACCAUUCGUCGUUGUUUGAGCCAAAGUGGACUUCAUGGGAGACGACCAAGGAGGACACCACUGCUGAAAAAACUCAUAAAAAAGCGAGACUGGAAUUUGCAAAAAUGCAUGUUGACAAGCCACAAAGCUUCUGGGAGAAUGUCCUUUGGACAGAUGAGACCAAACUGGAGCUUUUGGUAAGGCACAUCAACUCUAUGUUCAUAGACUCAAAAACCAAGCAUACGAAGAAAAGAACACUGUCCCUACGGUGAAACAUGGAGGAGGCUCAGUAAUGUUUUGGGGCUGCUUUGCUGCAUCUGGCACAGGGUGUCUUGAAAGUGUGCAAGGUACGAUGAAAUCUGAAGACUAUCAAGGCAUUCUGGAGAGAAAUGUGCUGCCUAGUGUCAGAAAGCUUGGUCUCAGUCGCAGGUCAUGGGUCUUCCAACAGGACAACGAUUCAAAACACACAGCCAAAAACACCCAAGAAUGGCUGAGAGAAAAGCGUUGGACUAUUCUAAAGUGGCCUUCUAUGAGCCCAGAUCUGAAUCCCAUUGAACAUAUGUGGAAGGAGCUGAAACAUGCCAUUUGGAGAAGACACCCAUCAAACCUGAGACAACUGGAGCUGUUUGCUCAUGAGGAGUGGGCCAAAAUACCUGUUGACAGCUGCAGAACGCUCAUUGACAAAUACAGAAAUCGUUUAAUUGCAGUGAUUGCCUCAAAAGGUUGUGCAACAAAAUAUUAAGUUAUGGGUACCAUCAUUUUUGUCCAGCCCUAUUUCAUUAGUUUGUUUUUUUUAAAUAAUUAUGUUAAUCAACAAUUCAAAAAUGAUGGCUGAUUUUGAUUAUUUAAUUUUCAAUAAAUUUUUAUUUAUUGUUACUUUUGUGAGUUUCAAGUGAUUUCAGUGAGAAUUGUGGGUUUUUCCUUCUUUCACUGAGGGGUACCAACAAUUUUGUCCACGUGUGUAAAUACAGAUCAGCCACAGCAUUAAAACCACCUGAUUGAGGCUCUUUGUCGUGUUCCUCGAGCAGCUAGUUGAUAUCUUGUAUUGGUUUCAGUCAUUUUUUAAGACCAAAAGUCUAAAUUCUCUGAUUGUGGCUUCUUAAAUUUAAUUUUUUUCUCAUUUCUCUUCUCCUUUUGACAUUAAACUGAAUAUCUUUGGGUUGUAGACAAAUUUGACUCUUCAAAAUAAAAGCCCACAAAGACGAUCAAUGUUAUCAUAUCAUUAUUAUUCAUUUAGUUUUAAUAAUCCCUUCACUUGGAAGUGGUUUGGGAGGGACUCAGAAAUUCUAUCAUAGGAGGUUAUCUAUUACAGUGUUGUGAAAUGUAAAAUAAACUUUUAUAAUAAAACAAAGUCAACUUUUUCUUCCUUCCACUAGUGUGUGCAAACUUGUACUUUUAAAUGAGACUUCAGCUCAAUGAGACGUGAAGAAGAUCAGAAAUGGAUGAAAACAUGAUUUAUUUCAGACAGAUGAGAACAUAUGAAGAAAUAAUGAGUCUGGACAAGUAAAAAACCGGACUAAAAAGAUCAGAUAUUAGAUAAGAUAAUCAGAUAGUCAGUGCCAGUCUUAAAUGUUGUGAAAUCUUAAAA